UUCUCGGGCUAAUGCUCUGUGCGUCAACUCAUGGAACUAAAUAAUUGAAGCGUUCCUCGCGUUUUCAAGAAGUGAUAAUUGAUCCCUCCGGGAGGGAAGAGAGAAAUUCCACGGGAGAUCGGGGUGUUCGAGCUCCGUAGAGCUCUAUGGGCAACGUGUGUUGUUCUCAUGGAGACCCGAAAAGGGGUUCGCCACCGGCUCAGUCCCAAGCUUCGAGUGCAGAAAAUGUGAAUCAUUCGUCAACGACAGCGCACACCAUUCUAGAACAGCAGCCUGCGGACAACGGUCAAUGCGCGAAAGUAUGCACUCACAGCCAGAAAUCGACCAUCGAAUUAAAGGGACGAAGCCAUUCAGCUAAUGGAGCGAUGAUUGGCGACCUAUUCAAUAAAUACAAGUCACCGGACCAGGAUAUCAUAGAAGCUGAGGGAAUCUGCCAAUUGUGCGAAGAUCUCGAGCUCGAAGCCGACGAUUUCCGAAUAUUGGUGUUGGCUUGGUAUUGCCAAGCAAGUCAAAUGUGCCAGUUCACCCGCGAAGAGUUCACCAACGGGCUCCUUGGUUUGAAAGCGGACUCAAUCUCGUCACUCAAGACAGCGUUACAAGAUGUAUCUAGUCAGCUGAAACCUCUCACAUCUAUAGACUACCACUCCUUAUACAAGUGGGCUUUUUCUUUCGCUCUCGAAAGCGAAACGCAACGCACUUUAUCCGUGGAAAUGGCAUCUCAGUUAUGGAAAGUCGUCUUCUCUCCCGACGAGCCGCCCAUUCUAGACUUUUGGCUCAAUUUCCUCGAAUCCAGUGGAGACUCCGUGAGAGGCAUCUCACGCGAUACGUGGAACCUUUUUUUGAUUUUCGUACGUCGGUGUGCUCAUGACCUGUCAACAUACGAUGAAACGGAGGCUUGGCCAUCGCUCUUCGACGACUUCGUUCACUUCCAUAACGAUCAAACGAACCAGAACUGUUCUAAAACAUCGUGGGACGGCACAGGAGGCGGGAACGUCAUAAGUUCGCCCUGAGACCAUCUGGAGGGAGACUUAAGGGAUGUUCCUCUCCGGAAUUCUCGUGCGAUCCCGCUGCCGGUUCUCUUCGGGAGCACGUACAGAUUCGCUAUCCGGCUUCUGAAUCAAAUUGAGUCCUGCUUCGCGAGAAAUCCUGGUCCGGGCUGGACAGUCGGGGAACUCGCUCAAAAGGCCCAACGCCGAGAUUCAUCCACACGGUCAUUGAACAAUAGGCCAUCGAUCUCGAAGAGAGCACGUCGCGACAUUUGGUUGUUCAAUAGGAGGCGGAUCAUUUUGCUAAACUAGUGAUUUUUUUCGCCUCGAGAGCCUCAAACCUCAGCUGUAUAUACUUGUAGGGUAGUAACAGGACAUGGUUCACUGCCAGAAGCUCGGGUCAUCGAUGACGCGACCAAGAAACGCAGUGGAUUGAUUUAAGAUGAUUCCGGAUCGAACGAUAGCUUUGUGCUUAGCUGCGCGGACAUAACGAUUGAGCGGAAGCUUUACAAAACACUAGGAAAUCGUUUUUCGUCUCUCAGCAGAAAGUUCUCCGAAGAAUGUAUCCGAUGCUGUCCUUUUAUUUGUGUACAAUAUGUAAAUAUUUACGGGAAUCGGAUGUCUUUGAUCGCGUGUAAAAUAUAUCACGUUUCUCCGGAGUCAUCCAU